AUGGAGAUCGACCGCGUGGAGAAGGGCAAGGGCGGCCACAAGGGAGGCAAGCAAGGAUGCCACAAAGGGAAGAAGGGAGAGAAAGGAAAAGGAAAGGGCAAGGAGAAAGGUGGCAAGGGCAAGAAGGGCGGCAAGGGCGGACCACCGGGCGGCUGCUACAACUGUGGUGGGCGACACUUUGUCCGGGACUGCCCCAAGGGCAAGGGCAAACGCAAGAACGUGAACCAGGUGAACCGGGACCAGCCCACAGCAACAGCGCCGCCAGCGAACAACACCUCCCCGACGACGCCGGCCCCAACGACAACGAGACCUACUCAGCCACCAACAAAUUCGGUACGGCGAGUGCCCCUCCGGACGCAAACACCACCUAUGUCUUCGGACAACGACGUGGUGGCGGACUUCUACGACGACUUCCUGGAGGAGCCGGCCGUGCGAGCUGUGAGUGUUCGUUCGCAGCCCCGCCAUAAUGCUCACCACCGACGCCCAGGGCAACGAGGCCCUGCGGCGGUGCGAGACCACCGCGGCCAGAGCUUCAUCAUCAAGGAGACCUGCGUGGUUGGACGGGUGCGGGUGCCGCUUCUGGUGGCAGGGAAGCUGCUGAAGCUGGUCUCGGAAGAGGACCCCAGCUCUACAGGAGGAGCCGGGCCAAGAAGCAUGAUCCUGCGAUCGCCGGCCGGCCUCCCCGCACCCGUGGCCUUCAAGCACAACUCUUUGGUCGUGCAGGGCGAGUUCCCCGGAGCCUCCCGCCAAAGGUGCCCAAUUUGA